GUACCAUUAAUGAAAUUGAAAAAAAUAAAGCAUGCCUAUUAAUUGAGAUUAUACAAAAAAAUAAAUUAACAGUAUAUGGUGAUAAACUUUUUUCAAAGAACAGAUUAAUAGAAGAUCUUUUGAUCAAAAAUUUUAGUCACCUUUUUAAUGAUAUCAAUGCUAUUAAUUUUUCUUUUCCACCAUUACCUUCUUAUUCGCUUAAUAUGGAAUCAUUGGAAAAUUAUUUUAAAGAAUGGGCUUUACAGUAUGGUCAACUUAAGUCUACAAGGACGGAAGUUGAAGAAAAAAUGCUAAAAUUGUUGUAUGAGCUUAGGGGUGCAUACUUAACAUUGCUCGUAAUUCUGGCAGAAGA